CCUGACUCGGCUUUAAAACCUGCGCGCACCUCACUUCAUGCUUGCAUAGAAUCCUCAACUCCGACCCGACAACAUGUCUUUCGGUUUUGGAGGAUUCGGGCAGAACAACCAGAGCACCGGCUUCGGAGCGGGCUCUGGCUUCGGAGGCACCAACAAUACUGGCGGAGGCUUUGGCUCCUCAACCUCUGCAUUCGGCGGUGGAAACACCGGCGGCAGUUUGUUUGGCAGCAAUACCAACACCACAAACACCGCGUCUAGCAGCUUCGGCACCGGCGGAGGAUUCGGAGCCAAUACACAAAAUCAAUCUAAUACAAUGUUCGGCGGUCAAAAUCGUGCCGGCGGAUUCGGCACUACCAACAACUCUGGUGGAAGUCUUUUUGGAAGCAGCACAACUACUCCUUCUACCGGAUUCGGUACCGGUGCAGCCACCGGUGGAGGAUUCGGCACUGGAGGUGCAUUCGGCAACACCAACACCAACACCAACACCAACACCAGUGGAGGACUUUUCGGAGCCAAUAAGACUGGAGGGUUUGGAGCCACCAACACGGCCACCAGUGGUUUCGGUGGUGGUGCCACUAGUGGGUUUGGAGCCGGAGCAGGAACCACCGGCACGGGUACUGGCUUUGGCGGUGGUGGCACGGCCUUCCAAGGCGCCUUGCCUACUUGUGAAGGCACUGGCAGCACCCCGUUCAACCCUUGGACCGAGAAGGAUAGCAACACCAGUGCCACAAACCACUACCAGAGUAUCAGCUUCAUGCAGCCCUACAGCAAAUGGUCAUUUGAGGAACUGAGGCUCGCGGAUUACCAGCAAGGUCGUCGUUACGGCAACGGUAGUGGCCAGGCCGGAGGCUUCGGUUCCUCUGCCUUUGGUGCAACUAAUACUGGGUUCGGAGCGCAACAGAACCCCACCGGUACGGGCUUUGGAGCUAGCACUACUACGCCAUUUGGUGCAACCUCGACCCCAUCGGCUGGCUUCGGAAGCACUCCGACUGCUGGUGCCUUUGGCUCUACGCCUGCCAACAACAGCAACCCGUUGUUUGGCGGUUCCAAGCCUGCUGGCACCUCCUUGUUCGGAAACACUGGAAACGCCAACGCUUCAGGGGGUCUAUUUGGCGGUAGUAACACUGGAACUACCGGUGGAUUUGGAGCCAAUACCAACGUCGGAGGAACUGGAACUGGCGGUGCUUUCGGCGGCACAGGUAACACCGGCAACUCGCUAUUCGGCAACAACCAGCAACAAACCAAGCCCUUCGGUGCCGCAGGAACCACGGGCUCUACCUUCGGUGGAUUUGGUACCCAGCAACCCGCCACUUCCUCCACGCAAUUCGGCAACACCGCCGCCACAUCUACUCCAUUUGGCCAGCCGAAUCAAGGCACUACAGGAGGUGCUUUUGGUGGCGGUUUCGGUGCCCAGAACCAAACUCAAAACCAGGCUCAGAAGCCAGGUGGUUUAUUUGGCGGCAGCGGUGGCGGUUUUGGUACCAACACUCAGCAACAGAGUGGUGGCGGCUUGUUCGGUGGUAAUCAAACCCAAGCUGCUGGCACUGGCGGCGGCCUAUUUGGCAACGCGCAGAGUCAGCCUCAGCAGCAGGCUGGUGGUGGCUUGUUCGGUGGUACUCAAACCCAAGCUGCUGGCACUGGUGGUGGCCUCUUUGGCAAUACGCAGAAUCAGCAACAGCAAAAGCCUGGUGGACUUUUCGGCUCUAGCACUGGCGCCACUGGCGGCGCGUUCGGCGGCGGUUUUGGCAACACCCAAAACCAGCAGUCCGGUGGUGCAACUGGUGGUUUGUUUGGAAACUCUCAAACCCAACAGCAGCAGAAACCUGGCGGCCUCUUUGGCUCAGCUGGUACUGGCGGCGGUGGUCUAUUUGGCGGCACACAAGGUGUGUCUGCUCCAGGCGGAGGCUCUUCGCUCUUUGGCGGUGGUCAGUCUCAGCAGCAACAGCCCGCUGGGAACAGCUUGUUUGGUGCUUCGCAGCCUGCGCAGCAACAGUCCCAGCCUGUUCCUGGAAGCUUGAAUGCGUCUUUGCUUGAAGGCAACCCGUAUGGUAGUCAGUCUAUCUUCUCGGGUCUUCCGACCCCAAGUGCACCGUCCCCCGGUCCCUUGGCUACUCCUCUCUCUUCUAGCAUGAAGCAGAAGCAGCGAACCCCACUGCCUGUUUACAAGAUUACGCCCACUGCUGCCAACCGCCUUAUUACCCCUCCCAAGCGUCAAGGCUACGGAUUCUCUUACUCUACUUAUGCCUCGCCUUCCAGCGCUACCAGCACUCCAUCUGGGCUUAGCAACAGUCUUCUCGGAAGUGGCAGCCUCCGCGGAAGCGUCAAUGGCAGCUUUGGACGUAGCUUCAGCAAGAGCUACUCUACCAGCAACCUUCGCAAGACCUUCGAUCCCGAUUCGGACAGCAUCCUUGCUCCCGGGGCCAUGCAGAAUGGCAGUGGGCGUAGCAACGGCGGCAGCCUAAAACGUCUAACCAUCGACCGCAGCCUGCGCAACGAUCUCUUCAGUCGCCCCGCCAGCACCUCGCCUGCGACCAUCAUCAACGGAGAUGACUCGGCCCAUCCGGCUGAUAAGCUCAAGAAGAAGGUCAGCUUCGACUCGGCCCCGGCUGCCCCCCCAGUUUCCGGUGGUGAGGUUGUGCGUGUUGAAUCCAAGAGCCCCGAGCCUACCCCUGAGGAGCUUGGCUUCCUCCGCUCUACUCGUAAGAGUGGCAGCCUCAACGGCAUUGAUGGCAUGGCCAGUCGGUCGGAAAUGGAAUCCGCCGGCCGCGAUCUUGCCGUCGUUCCUGAGAAUGGUGAACCUAGCCCUCCUAGUUCUAGCCUCACGCGCGUCUCCUAUACUCAAGGCGAGGAUCCCAAGCCGGGCGACUACUGGAUGAAACCUUCCUUCGAUGAGCUCAGCAAAAUGAGCCGCGAGCAGCUGAAGCGCGUCGUGGACUUCACUGUCGGCCGUAAUAACUGUGGUGAGGUCACUUUCAACGGCCCUGUCGACCUUACCACUGUCGACCUGGACAACAUUUUCGGUAACAUUGUGGACAUCGCUUUGCGGAGAAUCACGGUCUACCCGGAGGAAGGUGUCAAGCCUCCCAUGGGCAAGGGGUUGAACGUUCCGUCUACUUUGCGCAUCCAGAACUCCUGGCCGCGCGGUAGAGGCGGGAAGGCCACAAACCCUCUUAACGGCGGCCCACUCUUUGAGAAGCACAUUGAGCGUCUGCGGAAGGUGGCCGACACUAAGUUCCUCUCUUAUGAGCGUGAGACUGGCACAUGGGUCUUUGAGGUGCCUCACUUCACCACCUACGGACUUGAUUAUGAUUCGGAUGAAGAAGGUGAGAACCUUGACCAAAGCACCCUUGGUGCAGGCCCUGAUGAUACUCGCACUCCUAAGGCCCAGGCCGAUCAUCCCGUAAGCUUUGAGCAGUCUGCGACAUUUUCGAUUGAUGAGUCCUUCGUUGGAUCAAUGAUUGGCGUUGAUGAUGACACUUUCGAUUUCAAGAAGCGCAAGAUUGUCCCCGGUUCUUUCGGCCAGACUAUGGAGGCGGAAGAUGAGGAGAUGGGUUCUGAGGGCGAGACCGAGUCUUUUUUAGAGGAAGGCUCCACGGGUUCAGCUACUGAGCAUGACGACGACGUCACCGAGAGCCAGCGAUCUGGCGACUCGGUAGUUGAAUCUGAUGAGGACGAGGAGAUGGACAUGGCGGGUUCCUUUCCUAACAUUCAUCACACCGUGGAGCGGGAAGACAGCCACAGCUUCGGCAGUGAUCUGGACACCACCCAGCCUAUCACAAGGCCUUUUGGCACCCCCGGCAAGCCUCGGCUUGAUCUCAGUGGUGAUUGGACUGAGCAACUGCAACGAACCAUCAGCCCUCGCAAGCAGAACCGUGACGCCCUGCGCGAGAUCCAGGCGAAUGCCUUUACCGACCGGCCUCUUCUGAACGAUGGCUCGCCUGAAGAAAAGUCGACGAGUUCUCUGAAGACGGGUUUUUCGACCAGUAUCGAUCUGAUGAAUUCUUUGUUCCAGCAGCCGCGGAAGCAGAAUGCCCCAUCUCCGUUGAAGGCUUCAAAAACGCAGCCCAAGGGCUUUGAGUGGCCCUACAACAAGCAACCCAAAACCUUCGCCGGGGACGAAACGAAGAUGGACGCAAAAGAUGUCGCUUUCCACGAUUCCUUCAAGCCUCGCUGGGGUCCCAUGGAUUCUCUCGUUUGCGCCAAAAGUGACAUGGAGCCUCUGCCAGAUGCUGACCAGCGCUGGCAAGAGCGUUUCUCGGUUUUCAGUGAGGCCAGAGAUAUCGCCGUGAUGGGCUAUAACCAGUUCAGCAACUCAAAGGAGAUGCUGGAUGUUCAAAAGCAGCAGUCCACCAUUCAACGUAUUGAUGGGAUUCCUAUGGCUUGGAUGUCCAAGAUCGACCUUCGCCAGUUUGCCUUUUCGCCAGUCAAGGAUGAAGAGCGGUUGGUGUGGCAGCUGACCAAUAUCCUUUUCAACGAUGACAUCGAGGAUGACAUUUCAGCUGGUGUGCCACUGCAAUUGCGGUCCAAGUUCGCGCAUCGCAUCAAGAAGGACCGGCUGACCCGACUUUGGGAAUCCAUUAUUCGUGAGCGACACGCUCAUUCCGUCGAUCUCAUUCGCUCGCCGGAGGAACGCGCCGUUCAACUUCUGUGCUCCCAUCGUGUUGACGAGGCAUGCAAAGCCUUGGUUGAAACUCAGGACCUCCACUUAGCCACUGUGGUUGCACAGAUUGGUCGUGAUGCCACCUCGCGGGCCGACAUGGCUAAUCAGAUCGACGUAUGGCGCCAGAACAAUGUGCUCUCAGAGAUGAGCGAGCCUGUUCGGGCUCUUUACGAACUGGUCGCGGGCAACAGUCUCCACAGUGAAGGCAAGUCUGGUGGGGCUCUCGAAGACAGAGCCUCCAGCUUCACCUUUACCGAGCGGUUCGAUCUGGAUUGGUUCCAGGCCUUUGGUCUCCGCCUCUGGUACGGCAUUACUGAAGAUGAGCCGAUUGAAGCCGCCGUGUCCAAGUUCCUCGCCGACAUGGCUACCGGCCUUGAGCCUGCUUUCCCCCAUCCUUCGCACGGUGCUAGCACUCGUGCGUCUGUCCAGCCCGGCUCAGACACUCUUGGCCGUGAGUCUCCAUUAUGGGUGCUGCUCAAGGCUUACUCGGCUGCGAAUGGCAGCAAGAGUGUCCGAUCCGUUGAGCUCCCUGCAGCUCUGCUCCCCGAGUCUGUCUCUGGCGACCGAUUGACCAACCGGCUAUCUUUCCAACUUCACCGCGUUCUCGCCACCAUUUUGGGACAUCACGAUGCGAUAAAGAUCGAUCAAUUUCAAACCGACCGUCUUACGUGGGACUAUGCAUCCGAGAUUAUUGCUGGCGAAGAGCUCGGCCCUGCGCUCUUUGUCCUUCUCCACCUUUCGCAGCAUGAAGAACGCAAACGUGCUGUGCAAGAGACCCUCUCUCGCUUCGGCGCCCUUCUUCCCGAUCCCGAGCCAUCUGGGGGCUCAGAGUCUGCCUGGCUGCACCUGACCACCGAGCUCCAACUCCCUGAGGCCUGGAUUUGGGUUGCUAAGGCCCUGCACGCCCGUGACAGUGGCGAAGCUACGCGGGAAGUGGAUUGUCUCAUCCGUGGCAAGCACUGGAACGACGCCCACUCUACCUUCUGUCGCGCUGUCGGUCCUACCGCAGUCAUCUCGCGCGACUACGUCACUCUCGAGCGCCUGGUCUCCGGCUUCGGCGAGAGCCCUGAGCGCAAGAUGCGCAACUGGGCUUCUGGUGGUGGCAUCUACGAGGACUUCCUGCGCCUGGCCACUGCAACCCGUGGUCGACGUGACCCGAUCCGUCUCAGCCGUCUGGUAAAUGCCCUCGUGAAGAUGGGCGACCACGUCCGCAACGGCAAGGGCAUGGAUGGGUUGGAGGAGCGUGUAGCCUUCAAGGAGAUGAGCCGGGCGGUUGCCGGCUGGAUUACACAUGAGGAUGUUCAGUCCGUUGAGUCCUCAGCAGUACUCGGUCUACCACUUACCGGUGAUGCUCGUGUCCUGCAAACCGUGGAGAUGGGCCGCAGAUAUUAUGGAGUUAUCAUGGCUGGCGGCUACUAAGAUGUGAUGGAAAGAUUAUUGAAAAUGUGAUUUCCGUGUUACGCAUU